GGUGGGAUAGCCAUAAUGUGUGACUGUCAAUGAUCGACCAUUUAUCACAUUUAACAGUUUGAUAAUACUAACUACAUUAACGCCCUCAGCAGGUGACUGCGGGACGUUAUCAAACAAAGAAUAUGACAGACAGAACGGAUUCAGAUUCGUCCGAAUCGGUCGAGGACGUUAUUGAGAUUCGGCCAUUACCAAGGCGAAAUAUUCUGGAAUUACAAGAUAUCGAGUCCGAAAGCGAUCAGCCGACAUUCCGUGAAUCCAAUGCACCGGACCUAAUGCAAGGCACUGGUGGGUUCCGGAGGACGGGAAGGAUACACGGGAAGACGCAAGAAUUUCCAAAUACCACUCCUCGACUAUACAGUGAUUCUUCACAGCAGUUUCCGUCAGUGAUUCCACUCAACGUCGGAGGUGUCAAAUAUGUCACUCGUCUGUCGACUCUCUGUAAAUAUCCAGAUUCCAUGCUUGCCGCCCUGUUUAGUGGUCGCCAUGCAGUUGACAAGGAUCAAAGUGGCUGCUACUUUCUGGAUAGCAACGGCUCAAUGUUUGGAUACAUUUUAGAAUUUCUCCGUAACGGUUCAACGCCUCCAAAUCAUGUUUCCGUAGCAGUGUAUCAAGAUGCUAACUAUUAUGGUCUGUCUCAUCUCAUGGAGAAACUUCAGCUUAAGCCAGAAGUUGCUCGGCUUCAUGUUCGGGAAGCGCAUAGACAACAGUUUCCAAACUACUACCAGGUCAAGAACCAGGUCAUCCAUCUUGCUAUUGACAACGCCAUCCUCAACAGAUUAGGGGAGGUAAUUCUUUAUGUAUUCCGAACAGAAUUUGUUCCUAAGGUGCCAAAUUUUAAUCCCAACCAUGGAUGUGUUAUCGAAAAUGCUCAUUUGACUGUGGGGCCUUGGUCCGCUGCAGUUGAUGAAGAACUAUUCAUGAAAUGCUUGGAAACUGAUUUGAUAGAAGAAGGAUUCAAUCUCAAACCACACGAAUCAAAAAAGAAAUGUCGAUAUUUUCAUGGACAAACAUGUCAAAAGUUUGUUUACCGUUUGCAAAUAAUGUUUUGAAAAUUGAUUUUACAUAUUUUUAGGUCAUUUGACCCGAAGGGUCAGGAUGACCUAUAGUCAUCAUGUUUCGUCUGUCGUCGUGCGCCGU